AUGACUGGUCAAAUUAAGGCGUUAAUAUCUAAGAGGCAGAGAUGUUUGGCCAAGCACGGAAAAGACUCUCCUCUGUUCAAGUUGUUACAUAACAAGGUCCAAAGAUCGGUCAAGUACGCCAAGAGGGUUUUUUAUGAUGGAAAAGUUAAGCACCUGAGAGAGUCUAAUGCUGGUAAGUGGUGGAAAGACGUUAAGUACCUUGCUGGGUCAUCUGGAAGUAAUGGGUCAUGGUUUUACCAAUUGUUAGAUUGUUCAACCACUGGGUCUCUGUGCGGAAAGAUCAACAAGUUUUUCGCUGAGCUCACAUCUGGUUUUGUGCCACUCACGCCUGCUGAUGUCAUAGAUAUCGAUGUUGAUCAUAGAAACAUUCCAAGUGAGCUCUUUGUAACUCCUAGGGAAGCUGGUAUUGCACUUCGUGGGGUUAAGAUCAGGAAAUCCCCGGGUCCCGACAGUAUACCGAACAUUAUACUUAAGUGGUUUGACUUCAAGCUUGCUCUGAAAAACUCUAAGGGAGCGCAUACUUUCACUUUAGCUGAGAAGGACACCACGGAGCUAAACUGCUUGCUGAAACGUUUCUGGGACCUGGAGAGCAUUGGAAUUACAACGACCAGACAGCAGCACCUGACACUGGAAGACAAGUUGGCAUGGGAUAAAGUCAACAAUUCUCUGAAGUUUGAUGGCCAACAUUACGAAGUAGCGGUUCUGUGGAGAGAUGAAAGACCACAGUUACCGAAUAACCUUCCGAUGGCAAAGAAAAGAUUGGUUUCCACUGAGAGAAAGCUAAUGAAGGAUAAAGAAAUAGCCGUGGCUUAUCAGCAGGUGCUUAACGACUAUUUGAACAAGAAGGACAUCUGCCACAUUCCUGAUGAAGAACCAACGCCCGAAUGCCAGUGGCUGCUCCCACAUUUUCCAGUCGUACGACCCGAGAAAGCAACCUCCAAAGUACCGAUAGUGUUCGAUGGGUCAGCGCCUUUUGAGGGAAAGAGCCUAAAUACAGAAGCCCUAACCACACUGAAGCUUCAAAGUGACAUCUUCGAUAUCCUUGUGAAGUUUAGAAAAGAAUGGGUGGCCCUCAUCGUGGACAUCAGUCAGAUGUACCAUCAGCUUGUAAUAUUCCCGGAAGACCGACUGAUGCAUCGUUUUCUCUGGCAAAACAUGCAGAUCAACAAAGAGCCUGAAGUUUAUGAGUUUCUUCACUUCGUGUUUGGCAGCUGCUACUGCUCGUUCUGCACCCAAUUUACUUGGCAGAAGCACGCAGAAAUCCACCAAGAUACUUACCCUCUGGUAGCGGUUGCGGUGAAAAAUCACUGUUAUAUGGAUGACCUUGUGCCAUCACUGGAUUCCAUAGAGAGGGCCAUAGAAACAAGACGCCAGUUGACCGAGAUGGGUGAUAAAGCUGGGUUCCACGUGAGAAAGUGGGUUUCGAAUCUCACAGAGGUAUUAGCAGAUGUUCCCGAAGAAGACCGUGCUUCGGAAGUCAACUUGGAGAAGAAUGAACGGCCUGUUACGAAAACGCUAGGUGUCCUGGACUGCACGAGAGGACCAGUUCCUGUUUCAUUAUUCGCCACCUACAGAGGACUUUGA